AUGUCAAGUUUUCAUAAUAGUCAUAAUAGUGAAGUUAAUUCUCCUAGAAUCAAACCUAAAUUAACAGAAGAUUAGAAAUUUCAUCUUAUUAAUCAAUUCUUUGUUAAAAAACUUAAAUUUCCUACACUUUCAAAUGCAAUUAUAGAUGAAGCUAUAAGUCAAGAUUUUAUGCCAUUUGAUGAUAAAGAUAAAAUAUUAAGAGAUCCAAAUAAAUUAUCAAUUUUCUUUUUGAAAUUAGAUCCUCAAUCUCCUCGUACAAAAGAGGCCUUAAAUUAAUUAGAGUUAGGUGAGAAUGCAUGUCACAUAUUUACAUUUUAGCAGUUUCAAAUGCCUUAACUUCAUCCAAUUCAAAAUCUAAUAAAUUAUAUGAACUACCUUACUGAAAAGUAUAAAGAAUUGUUGCGCAUAGUUAGUACAAGAAAUUCGAUUAAAAAACAAGAGAAACAAUAGAAAUCAAAAAAUAAACUCAACAAAUCACACACUCAAUAAAAUACUUCAAGUAUGAGUCUCCAUUUCAUCUAUCAGGUUUCCUCACUGAUGGCGGUGCUCUUGUUAUACCAACAAAGUUGACCACUAUUAUGUCAAAAUCAUUCAAUACACGUUCUCUAGAUUUCUUAUAGACAUCAUUUGAAGAGAGAUUGGAAAUGUAAGCCAAAAAGAGUUAAGAAUAUCUAUAAACUCUAAGUAGAUAUAAAUAAAUGGAAGAAGAAAAAUUAAAAUCUUUACAUGAUUAUUAUCAACAAAAAGUUCCUAUUAUGGCUAAAAAAGUAGAAACUGUUAAAUAAAUGAAUAAAAUGUAAUAAAAUCUAUAUAUUAAUUUAGUAAACAAUAAGAACGAAAGAAGAUCUUUCAAGAUCGUUAGAAAAGGACUUUAGAGAAAAUACAUGAAUUAGAAAUAAAGGAUAGAGAAUAAAGGAUUAAAGUAUAAGAAUAUUUGAAUAAGAAACAAGAAAUCACUCAAUAAAAUAAGAUUUAAUUUGAUUCAUAACAUUAUUAAGAAUUGAAAGAAUAAUAAGAGAGAAAUUAAAGAAAAGAAGAGGAGAGAAAAGAAAAGAAGAAAUUAGCAAUUUAUAUGGAAGAUUAAUAAAUUGAAUAGAUUAUGGAGAAAUAAAUAGAAAAGGAUUAUGUUACAGAAUAAUUAUUAUCAAAAUUAAAAGAUGAAAUGAAUUAAAAAAGAUAAUUAAGUAUUUAGAAAUAAGAAUAAGCAUAAUAAAAGGUAAUAUAGACAUAAAUUGAAUAUGAAUAAAAUAAGCUUGAAUAAUAUAUUAAAUUUGCUGAUUUGAGUAAUAAGAUGGUUGAAGAAUAAAUGUAAAUCAAGAAUGAAUAAUUAGGAUAAGUAAAAACUAAAUUAGCUACAUAAUUUAGAAAAGUAAAGAAAAAUAAAGAAAAAUUAAAUCAUUUAUUAGAAUAGAAAAUAGAAAUUAUAAAAAAGAAGGAAAAUGAUAAAAGUAUAUAUAUUUUAAAUAUAAUAUUAGAUAUAUCAGGUAGAUUAUAAUCAAUAUAAUCAAGUAUUGAUAUAAAAAUAAAAGAAUAAACUGAAAAAAAUAGAAUGAGAUUAUAAAGAGCUUUAAAUAAUACAAGAGCAUUUGCAGAAGAGAAAGAAGUAUAUAGUUUAAUCAUUAAUAGAAAGAACAAUAAAAGAUAAUUGAUAAAAUGAUUGAAGAAAAAUAAAAAUAAAAAUAUCUCAAAAAUCAAAAAGAAUAAUAUAGCUAAGCCAUUUUAAAAUAACAUUUACUUUAAAGAUAAAGUGUAGAUAAAUUAGUAUUUUAAUGA